GACGGACUCGGUUGACGACUCCCAACUGAACGAACCUUUCUCAUGCGAAGACCUAGUCUCGCGAGUCGUCAAAUCUGACUUCACCACUUUCGUGAGGUUAAAUCUGUUGCGGCUUGCGUUUCAAAGUCCCAAACCCUCCCAGAGAGCGCAUCUUCCGUUCACCAACCCUGCGAUCAUCCCCACAGAGGACGUGGUCAUCUCAAUACCUAUUCUUCGAUGCGGUGUAUCAGUCCCAUUUCAUCCUUUCGUCGCAGCCAUUCUUAGACGCUAUGACGUAUCGCCUUUUCAGCUAACACCCAACAGUUAUCGCACUGUUCUAGCCUUCUAUGCGAUGUACAUGGAGUACGCCCAUAGAGCUCCGUCAGUAGAGGAAUUUAGUUAUUUUUAUGACAUAAAGAGCGUGGGCCUUCAUAACGGCUUCUUUUGCUUUAGUAAAUGGGCGACUUCUGAAAUCAACGGGGUUGAGGGGAUGGUUUCGAACAUGGGUGACUGGAAGUCAAAAUGGUUUUACGUUUUUAAGGUUCCUGGGAUCAGAACCGACUUUAAUCGCAGACCCAGUAUGUCGCAUAUUUGUUGACUUAGAUAAAGUUUGUUACUCUGUUUUUCGAGAUCUUUUGCUAACUCGUUCUUUUGUUGUCAUCGCAGAUAGACCAGCUCGACCAACGCUUAACGCUCAUAAAAAGGGGGUAGCUGAAAUUCUUGGGAGUCUUCCGGUACAAGAUCGCGACUGGCGAUUGCUGUGUACGACUGCCAAAUUGCGGGAACACAAACUGAUCCCCGAGAACGCGAGUCUUCAACGGGAGCCAGUAUAUAAAGAACCAUCUGAGAGACAGCAGGAGCGGAUAGAUAAGCGGCUUUCCAAGCAAACUCCUCGAGAAACUUCAGACAUGACUUUCUUGAAGUCUGCCCCUGUCCUGAAGAUCAAGCAAAAGGGUGGAACACCGGCAUCUUCACCAGUCGUCGCCCAGAAGAGGAAGAGCGAUGUGAUGACUACGCUCGCUGCAGAUUCCUCCAAGAAGUUGGCCAAGACCACUCAGGAUAAGGGGAAGAAGGUUGUCAUUGAUUCUCCGGUUCGCCCUCGCGACUUCCUGGCCAUGCAGGAAAAAUUACUGGCCGAGAUUCCUUAUGAGGAACUUGUUUCUCGAUCUACUGAACUGGCCGCACAAUCUGUGGCUUUGUUUAUGAAAGCCGUGGCCACGCCUUCGAAGGAAACUGACUCGCUGAAGAGGCAGAACGCUCAUUUUCAGGAAAACAUAAAGAGGCUGAAGCAGGAGGUGGCCAAGAUGGAGGAACUUCACAAGGAGCUCGAGGAAGUCAACAGGGCCAAAGAACAGUUGGAGCUCGAGCUCAAGAAGUCGCAGGACACAAUCGCUGAGAUGGCUCGCGACUUAGAGGCUGAGAGAGAGAGUGGGAAAAAACAGUAUGAUCAGGCUGUGUCUGAUUACAUUUAUACUACUCUCUCCAAGGUCCCUGACUUCGACUUCUCGCUGCUUGGAGAUGAAGCUGCUGAAAUGGCUGAAGCCUUUCGCUCGAUGUCUCCUACCCGGACUCAAGGCAACCUUCCAGAUGAAAUCGAGGGAGUACAGGCUGAGGAGGUCGAGAAUGAAGUUGUGAGCAAGAUCGUGGAUGAGGCUGCUCCUGAUGAGACUACUCCCGCUGCUUGAUUAUUUUCUAUCUUAGUUUCACUUUAUUUUUUAUAUAUGCGGUACACGGGUACUCGCACUUUUGUACUUAAAGAAUUUUAUCUUACUUUUUGGACAAAUUUCUAUCCUCGCGGGGAUAGUAUGCAUUUUAAUAUUUACGCAGUACAUGGGUACUUGCGAUUUUAUUUUCAA